AUGUUUAGGAAUGAAGUAGAAACAACAGAACAUCUUCUUUUCCAUUUUCCUUAUGCUAAGACAGUAUGGAACUCUUCUCCUAAUCCUGUCACUCUAAAUCUAGAUACCUCAAUUACGAUUGUAGAUCUUUGCAAAAAAUGGAUGACUAAUCCUAGGACUGACAUUUCCAUUGAAUUACUUCUCACUAAAAUGUGGUUCAUCUGGAAAGAAAGGUGUGAUAAAAUCUUUGAGGACAAAACUAAAAAUGCUAAUAUUCUAGCCUUAGAAAUACAAAGACAUGUAGAAUUUUGGUCUACGAGAAAAAGAAAAACUACCAAGUCUAAACAGGUGCAAAAGAAUAAAUUAAAUCCUAAAUGGAAGGCUCCGAAUAUAGAUACCCUAAAGAUCAAUGUAGAUGCAUCUUGGAUCUCAGAAGUAUUACCAUCUACUUGUGCUUUUAUCUUGAGAAAUUAUACAAGAGAUUGUGAAAGAGGAAGAGCAGGACAAGCAGCAGGUUCUGACCCACAAGAGGCAGAGCCUAUAGGAGUGUUGCAGGCGGCCAUAUGGGCUAAGGAAAGGAAGAUUCAGAACUUCAGUAUCGAAGGCGAUUGCGAGAGUAUUUUCAUUUACAUCCAUGGGAAAAAUUCAGACAUCUCCGGGAGAACUAAAGCUUAUAUUAAUGAAGCAAAUAGAAUAUCUCAUCUCUGCAAUAAUUUUCUGGGUUUCUUUUUUGUUCCUAGAUUAGGCAAUCAAGUAGCGGAUAUUUUGGCAAAGUCUGUUAGGCCUUUGAAUUCGACUGUUGAAUGGGGAACUUCUCCACCGGUUUGUAGCAGAAAACAACUUCUAGUAGAUAAAUCUAAUAUUGGGAACUCUCCUAAUCCCAGAUUAGAUGGCUCUACUUCUUUUGUAACCUCGACUCUUUCCGAGUCUUAG